GCGAUUCUUGAUCUUGACUGUUCUUCCGUACUCGGUACUCUGUACGUUCUGUAUAGGCAUCAUGCUGAAACCAUGAAAAAGUGGUUCGAACAAACAGUGCUUUAAAUAUGGUUGUAUAUGUAUUCAAAUUACAAGUUCUUCCAAAAACAUAUCUAUCAGAAGUAUUUGUAGAAAAUUUUGAUAUUAACGGUUUCAACUUAUCGAUGAGCAACGUUUUUAUUGAAAAUCGAAAUGAGCUGUUAAAAUAAUUAUCGCGUAAUGCUAUAAGUUAUAAUGUGGGUAUUUGGUUAUGGUUCACUUAUAUGGAAAGCAGAUUUUCCGUAUGAAAAAAUUUUGGUCGGACACAUUAAAGGGUACAGUAGGAGAUUUUAUCAAAAAAGUACAGACCACAGAGGAAUACCCAGUAGACCUGGCAGAGUUGUCACAUUGGUAGCAUCAAAUAAUGCCAAAGACGAAGUAUGGGGUAUCGCAUAUAAAAUAUCAUCCGAAGACAUAAAUAAAGUUGUUAAACACUUGGACUACAGAGAAAAAGGUGGCUACGAAAGGAAAAGUGUCCCCUUUUAUCCAUCUUAUUCGAUAGAAAACAUUGGAGUACAUUCGUUAGAAAAUAAUUCUACUCAGGGCAUCCUUGGAUGUACAAAAUUAAUACCGUUAAGUGAAGAUAAUACACCGUUUUACAUUACAAUUUAUAUAGGUGGAGAAGAUAAUCCAAAUUAUGCGGGUGUAGAAGAUGUUUUUACAAUAGCUAAACACAUACUUGUAUCUCGUGGUCCUAGCGGAACUAAUACCGAAUAUUUAUAUAAAUUAGCGUCUGCAAUGCGAAUAAUAGCACCGAAUGUGUCCGACGAGCAUCUGUUUACUUUGGAAGCUACUGUAAAGGCAUUGGAAAAGGAAGAAGCUGAACAAGCAAAAUUAGAUAAAAAUUCAACUGUUGACAAAAAUAGAUAAAAUACAUAUUUUAUACUUUAUUAGGAUAUAAUGUAAGUCCAGGAAAGAUAGAAGUUAUUACAAAUAUAAAACCUGUUAAUACUUCUUCUAAUGUAAUUUAAAUUAAUUCUAUGUAAAACAAU